AGUUACUGAGAAAUCACAAGGCAAAGCCAAAAUCCCUCUUCAGAUCCACGGUCAACUGCCCUGAUCACAUCCUGCAAAAAGUCCGGAGGAAGGAGAGCCAUGGAUUACUACAGAAAAUAUGCAGCUGUCAUUCUGGCCAUACUCUCUGUGUUUCUGCAUAUUCUCCAUUCUUUUCCUGAUGGAGAGUUUACAAUGCAGGGGUGCCCAGAAUGCAAGCUAAAGGAAAACAAAUACUUCUCCAAGUUGGGUGCCCCAAUUUAUCAAUGCAUGGGCUGCUGCUUCUCCAGAGCAUACCCCACUCCAGCAAGGUCCAAGAAGACAAUGUUGGUCCCAAAGAACAUCACCUCAGAAGCCACAUGCUGUGUGGCCAAAGCCUUUACCAAGGCCACGGUAAUGGGAAAUGCCAAAGUGGAGAAUCACACAGAGUGCCACUGCAGUACUUGUUAUUAUCACAAAUCUUAA